CAACAGUUUGACCAUCCAUUGUCUACCUUCCAUUUUCCUUUAAACCAUGGGUCACAAAAGAAAAAAGUUUUCCGAGCGUGUGGCAUUGCGGAGUGAAAAAGGAUAUGAUGAGUCGCCAUUCAAAAAUGCCUGCUCGGAUACACCCAAGGGGUUCGCACGGAUCAUGUUCAAGAAGGAAUCAAUGAAGGAAAACAAACAAGCCGGAUCAUCAGAGGAUCUUGGUCAAGACAGAAAGAAAAACAAGGGUGCCAGUAACAACACGAAAGGUGGCAACAAUAGCAAUCAGAACUCCAAAAAGUCCGCUGCGGACGAAUUGAGGAUCCAGCCUGGCGAAAAGAUGGGAGAUUUCUCACGUCGUGUAGAUGAACACAUGCGGGGCAAAUUAAUGAAGGCAACCAAGGAUAACACUGCCACUUCGAGCAAGAAGAAGAAGUACUAUGAAAAACUUAAGGCGAAGGAAAAGGCCAAGAAACUUAAGGAUCAGGAAGAGAAGGCAUAUGAAGAAUUCGAGACCAUCAAGGAUAAGGUCAGACUCAACGAUGUUGCGGAGGCACCUCCAAUCUUCACAGCUAUCCCAAAGAAGCGCAAGAAUGACGAGUUUAUGGUGAACAAGAAGUGGAAGAAUACCCCCGGCGAGGAGGACUAUGCCGAUGUGGUUGCCGAAGUCGAUGCAAAGGAUAAGAAGCGGAAACUAGGAAAGGGUGAUGACGAUGAUAAGGACCAACCAAAGAAGUCAAGGCUGAAAAAUUUGACACCUGCAGGAAGGCGCAUCAUUGAGGAAGAGCGGAGACAGGCCAUUGAAAAUUACAGGCUAAUGAAGGCACGGAGGGCGCUGGAGAAGAGUCCCGGACAGGACAAUGACGCAGCUGCGGAUGAUGCGGAGGCAGCCGCUGCUGGCUACUGAGCUGCUAUGCCACACAUUUGCACACUGACAAUAGAG